GCUCCUUUCCAAAAUUUAACCCAGCUACGAGGACGUGCGCCCUCUACUGACAUUUUUCUAAUCAUCAUGGCGGCCCCCGGAGGUAUCGAUUUGGAGCUUAAGAAGGCAUUCCAGGAGCUACAGAUUAAGAUGAUUGACACCUCCCAGCAACUGAAGAUAGCCGACGCCCAGAUUGAUCAGCUCAAGAGGCAGAAGGACCACGCCCGCCUGACAGACAAGGAAAUCUCGCAGCUUCCGGCCAACACAAGGGUCUACGAAGGUGUCGGACGAAUGUUUCUUCUGCAGGAUAUUGCCAAAGUCAGGGAAGCGUUGGACGGCAGGGUCCAGACAGCUGACGAUAAGAUCAAGAAGUUACAGAACAACAAGGCCUACUUGGAGCGAACCCUCAAGGAAAGUGAGACUAACCUGAGAGAGAUGGUGGCUCAGAAACAGGCUGCCAGGUCUUGAUCUUUCCUGCCCCCGUUGUAAAAAGAAAAAGUUCUGCGUGAAGCGUGAAAUUGUAUUUGUCUUAGGGAUAGUAGAGGCCAGUGUGACCAGUCUGAAAUUGUACCAAGAGUUCUCUCUGUCGAUAGCAGUUGAUGUCGGGACGUGAAUUCCAGUGCAAUUUUAGCUGUUGUUUGAUGCCAGCCCAUGUGGGCUGUGUAUGCAUAUGUACAUCACAGCCAUGUUCGAGAUCGGCGGGCUUUCCAAACAGUCUCAAUUCAGGACAGUUGUCUUAAAUGGCUGUCCCCUCUUGCCUUGCAAGGACUUGGAUUCUUCGUAAAUGAGCAUGUCAC